CAGAGCACGUGAUGAGCGAGCGAGGCCGGAGCUCGAGUAACAUGGCUGUAGCUGGGGGACCCUCCUUUUGGUUGGGAAAUGAAACCUUGAAAGUGCCAGUGGCCCUCUUUGCCUUGAAUAGAAAGCGCCUGUGUGAUCGUUUGAGAGACAACAAGGCUGUGCAGAAGAAUUCCUUUGUUCUGCUCCAGGGGGGAGAGGAGACUCAGAGAUACUGCACAGAUACAGGUGUUGUCUUUCGGCAGGAAUCUUUCUUCCACUGGUCCUUUGGAGUCACGGAACCAGGCUGCUAUGGCGUCAUUGCUGUUGAUACUGGGAAGUCGAUCCUGUUUGUCCCUAAGCUCCCUGAAAGCCAUGCGACUUGGAUGGGAAAGAUUCAUCCUCGGGAACACUUCAAGGAGAAGUAUGCAGUGGAUGAAGUGCAGUAUUCAGAUGAUAUAGCCAGGGUCUUGGCUUCAUUGAAACCAUUCGUUCUUCUUACUCUGCGAGGUGUCAAUACUGACAGCGGCAACAUAUGCAGGGAGGCUUCUUUUGAAGGAAUCAGCCAGUUUGAUGUUAACAAUACCAUUCUUCAUCCGGAGAUUGUGGAGUGCCGGGUGAUUAAAACAGACAUGGAGUUGGAGGUUCUCCGUUACACCAAUAAAAUCUCCAGUGAAGCCCAUAAAGAGGUAAUGAAGGCCGUUAAAGUGGGAAUGAAAGAAUAUGAAAUGGAAAGCCUGUUCGAGCACUACUGCUAUUCCCGUGGAGGCAUGCGACACACCUCUUACACGUGCAUCUGCGGGAGUGGCGAGAAUUCUGCCGUGCUACACUAUGGACAUGCUGGAGCCCCAAAUGAUAAGACCAUUAAAGAAGGUGAUAUGUGCCUGUUUGACAUGGGAGGCGAAUAUUACUGUUUUGCUUCGGAUAUCACCUGCACGUUUCCUGUAAAUGGAAAGUUUACUGCCGACCAGAAAGCCAUCUACGAAGCUGUACUGAAGUCAUGCCAGGUAGUCAUGAAGGCAGUCAAACCAGGGGUUGCCUGGCCUGAUAUGCACCGUCUGGCUGACAGAGUCCAUCUGGAGGAGCUGACUAAAAUUGGCAUCCUGAAAGGCAACGUAGACGACAUGGUGAAGGUUCAUCUGGGUGCAGUAUUUAUGCCACAUGGACUUGGACAUUUCCUUGGAAUUGAUGUGCAUGAUGUUGGAGGCUACCCAGAGGGCGUGGAUCGCAUUGAGGAGCCUGGCCUCCGGAGCCUGCGGACGGCGCGCCAGCUGGAGGCGGGCAUGGUGCUCACUGUGGAGCCGGGCAUCUACUUCAUAGACCAUCUGCUGGACCAGGCUCUCAAGACCCCGGCCCAGGCCUGCUUCAUUGACGACGCCGUGUUGCGCCGCUUCCGAGGAUUCGGUGGGGUGCGCAUUGAGGAGGACAUCGCUGUCACUGCCACAGGCAUGGAGCUGCUCACAUGUGUGCCCCGCACUGUGGAAGAAAUCGAAGCAUUCAUGGCUGACGCCAAGGUGACCUCCAAGUCCUUCGCUACUUAAUGCGGCUAAGAAGUCACAAGUCCACAGCCCCGUUUGCCAGUGUGGCUGCUCCCUCUCUCCCUGGCACUGUAGCCCUCAGCAGCCUCUUGCAGCCAGCAGAAUCAGCUAGAUGCUAGACUGGCGGCGGGAGCCCAGCACUGGACUGGCACUCUUACCCGUUGCCCCAGAUUUUUGCCUAUUGAAAUCAACACUGCAGUAUUUUCUACUGUCCAGUGCUAAUGCCAGAUUUCUAUUGCUGUGUACCUGCCAAGACCCCCACCACCCCUCUGAGUUCAGCGUCAUACUUGCUUUCCCUAAAUCGGGUGGAACUGGGACGAGGGUGAUUUAACGCUGAUUUAAAGACCAAGUAACCCCCAUAGAGAGUAACCUCCUUUGUCCUGCCCAUGCCCCCAAGAAUCAGUGCUAUUGUCAAUCCUUUGCUUUUGUACCCAUUUCAGGACUCAAAUUCAAUUUGCAUUAAAAAUUGUCUUUAAAUUUC